CUCUGGAUAUGGAAAUGGAUCUUGCCCGGAAAAUGAAAGGCCACUGGGUGUCCGAGCUGCUAUGUAUUCAUUUAUGGCCGCAGCCAUAUUCAUCACGGUGUUUGGCAACCUCGCCAUGAUAAUAUCAAUUUCCUUCUUCAAGCAGCUUCACACACCAACCAACUUCCUCAUCCUCUCCAUGGCAGUCACUGACUUCCUCCUGGGGCUCACCAUCAUGCCCUACAGUAUGGUCAGAUCGGUGGAGACUUGCUGGUAUUUCGGGCUUACAUUUUGCAAGAUUCAUUACAGUUUUGACCUGACGCUUAGCAUAACGUCCAUUUUCCAUCUUUGCUCUGUGGCUAUUGACAGAUUUUAUGCUAUCUGCUACCCUUUACGUUAUUCCACGAAAAUGACGAUUCCCCUCAUCAAGCGGUUGCUAUUUCUCUGCUGGUCGGUUCCCGGAGCAUUUGCUUUCGGGGUGGUCUUCUCGGGGGCCUAUGCCGACAGGAUUGAGGGCUACGAUAUACUGGUGGCCUGUUCCAGUUCCUGUCCAGUGAUGUUCAACAAGUUAUGGGGGACCACCUUGUUCAUGGCAGGGUUCUUCACUCCUGGGUCUGUGAUGGUGGGGAUUUAUGGCAAGAUUUUUGCGGUAUCAAGAAAACAUGCUCGUGCAAUCAAUAGAUUGCCCGAAAACCAAAAUAAUCAAAUGAGGAAAGACAAAAAAGCGGCCAAAACUUUAGGAAUAGUGAUGGGCGUUUUCUUACUAUGUUGGUUUCCCUGUUUUUUCACACUUUUAUUGGAUCCCUUUUUGAACUUCUCUACUCCUGUAGUUCUGUUUGAUGCCUUGACAUGGUUUGACUAUUUUAACUCCACGUGUAAUCCGUUAAUAUACGGUUUCUUCUAUCCCUGGUUUCGCAGAGCGCUGAAGUGCAUUUUACUAGGUAAAAUUUUCAGCUCACGUUUCCAUACUACUGAUCUGUUUACUCAAAAAGAAACUGAACAGACUUGUGUAUGA